AUGGCAGAGGAUACACUCUGGGAGCAGGGCCGGCAGUUAAAAGAAGUCCAAACUGAGGUUUUGGAGCUAAGAAAGGAUAUGAAGGAUAUCCCUGAGAUGAAAACGACAUUGAAUAAGUUGAUGGGAAUGAUGACAUCAAUUUUGGCCAAAGAGAAGCAGCCUAUUCACCAGAAUGGGGAGGAGGAUGCUACAGAUUCAGGUUGUAGGGUUGCUCAACGGUGGGGAAAGAGUCUUGAUGAGAUUCACACUAAGGCUAUUAGGUUGGAAUUCCCAACUUUCAAUGGUGACGACCCAGAUUCAUGGUGUUAUAGAGCCGAGCAAUUCUUUGAAUUUUACGACAUUCAAGAAAGGCAGAAAUUGAGAAUUACUGCAUUCCACAUGGAAGGUAAGGCCUUAUCAUGGUUUCAAGCCUUAAGAAAUACUAAUAAUCUGUCUAGUUGGAAUGAUUUUUUGAUUGCUAUUCAAGUUAGAUUCGGUAAGGGGGCAUAUGAUGAUCCUAUGGAGACCCUAUCUAAACUGAAACAAGUUGGCUCUUUAGAGGAAUAUAAAACUCAGUUUGAAAUAUUGGCAAAUAGAGUCUUAUUGUUGAUUGAUUCUCACAAACUGAGUAUGUUCUUAGGGGGUUUGAGAGAUGACAUUCGAUUACCUGUGAGAAUGUUUAAUCCCAAGACCUUGAAUGAUGCUUAUGCUUUGGCACGAAUUCAAGAGGAAUGUCUUGCAACUAACAGUAGGUCAGGGAAACCUGUUUGGAGAAAUCAAGGAGUAGGAAAUGAGAGUAGUUAUGCAGCCAAUAAGGGUGGAAAUUCAGUUGGGAAUAGGGUGCAGUUUUAUAAUGCACCAAGGCAAAAUCAUGGGGGUUUUGGAGGUACCAAUCAGACCAAAGGGUUUAUUAAUGAUACUCCUAAGGCUAUAGUUCCAGUUCAGAAAAUUUCUCCUACCCAAAUGGAUGAGAGGAGGAAAAAGGGCUUAUGUUACUCAUGUGAUGAUAAAUGGAGUAGAGGUCAUGUGUGUGCUGUGCCUAAACUAUUCUUAAUUGAAGAAGUGGAAGGGCUGAAAAGGGUUAUGGAGAUGACUACUUCUGGCCAAGAGGAGGAGGAUCCAGGGAAAUUUUUUCUGGAUGCAGACCCUGAGAUAUCUCUCAAUGCUAUUACAGGAACUCCAAAUCCCAAUACAAUGAGAAUUAUGGGAGUUUUGAAAGGGCAGCAGGUGAUUAUUCUUAUUGAUUCAGGGAGUACUCACAAUUUUGUGGAUUCCCAGUUAGCUGAGAGGCUAGGAAUUGUGAGCUCCAAUAGGGAUGCUAUUAUGGUGAAAGUGGCUAAUGGUCAAACAGUAAGAAGUCCAGGGAAAAGUUCAGACUUGUGUCUUAAAAUUCAAGGGACAAACUUUAGGGUAGAUUUGUAUAUUCUACCAUUAGCAGGGUGUGAUGUGGUUUUAGGCAUACAGUGGUUGAGAUUGUUGGGUCCAAUUUUAUGGGACUUUGGCCAUUUAACUAUGGAGUUUCAGUUGGGUGAAGUGAAGUGUUGUUUGAAGGGUUUGCAGCAAGGCCCUCCCUUAACUUUUGAGGAUGGGAAGUCCAAUAAGUGGUUGAAGAAAAAUAGCAAAGGAAUUAUGCUACAGCUUAUCAAUGCUGAAAAACAGGAAGAGCAGCAAGUUCAGAAGGUGGAAGAGGGUUUGUUCAGUGAUAUUCUUGCAGAAUUUAAGGAUGUUUUUCAAGUUCCUACUGAGCUUCCACCAUCUAGAUCACAUGACCAUGCUAUUAACUUGAAAGAAGGGGAGAAACCUGUUUCAGUUAGGCCUUACAGGUAUCCAUUUUUUCAGAAGGAGGAGAUUGAGAAGAUUGUUAAAGGCUUGCUGCAAUCUGGUGUAAUUCGACAUAGCACCAGUCCCUUCUCUGCUCCAGUCAUUUUGGUGAGGAAAGCUGAUGGAACAUGGAGGAUGUGCAUGGAUUACCGAGCUCUCAACAAGGUAACUAUUAAAGAUAGUUUUCCAAUUCCUGUUGUAGAUGAAUUGUUGGAUGAGCUGUUUGGAUCUACAAUUUUUUCCAAAUUGGAUUUGAUUUCUGGUUAUCACCAGAUCAGAGUAGUGGAAAAGGAUAUUCCUAAGACUGCUUUUAGGACACAUGAGGGUCAUUAUGAGUUUUUGGUUAUGCCCUUUGGUUUAACUAAUGCUCCUUCUACCUUCCAAAGCCUAAUGAAUCAUAUUUUCCAACCUUAUCUCCGGAAAUUUAUCUUGGUAUUUUUUGAUGACAUUCUCAUCUUUAGCAAGGAUGAAAACACACACAGACAACAUUUACACAUGGCCUUAGACAUUUUGAGGAGACACAAGUUAUUUGCCAAGAUGUCAAAGUGUAGAUUUGGAUGUGCAAGGGUGGAUUAUUUAGGCCAUAUUGUCUCAGCAGAUGGGGUAACAGCUGAUCCAGGGAAAAUUCAAGCUAUGGUUGAGUGGCCAUUUCCAACUAACAUCAAAGCUUUGAGAGGCUUUUUGGGUUUGACAGGUUACUAUAGAAGGUUUAUCAAGGGAUAUGGAUCUAUUGCGGCUCCAUUAACAGCCAUGUUGAAAAAGAAUGCAUUUACUUGGAAUGAGGUUGCCAAGGAGGCUUUUCAAAGCUUAAAGACUGCAGUAACUCAUGCUCCUGUUUUAGCAUUGCCCAACUUUGCUCAACCCUUUGUUAUAGAAUGUGAUGCAAGUGGAGUAGGGAUAGGAGCAGUUUUGAUGCAGCACAAUAAGCCCAUUGCUUAUUUGAGCAGAGCAUUAAAGGGGAGAGCUCUUCUUAUGUCCACUUAUGAGAAGGAGCUGCUGGCUUUGGUGACUGCAAUUCAGAAGUGGAGGCCUUACUUGUUGGGACAAAGCUUUGUAGUCAGAACAGAUCAACAAAGCACCAUACCAGAGAAAACUGAUUGA